CCGUCUUGGAUCGAUCAACCCAUCGUGUCGUCAACCCUAACCCACCAGCGCGUCUGCAAUCCCCUCCCCGUGCGGAGCCGCCGCGGCUACCAUGUGGCCGGCGCUGCUCUCUUGUCCUGGUGGCCACCGACGAACCCUGACGUUGCAUCAGCUGACGUGCCCCCACCGCCCGAUCCCCACUCAAUCCUUCCUCGCCGCCGCCGCUGCCGCCGAAGACCUGGAUGAGGCGACGCUAACUUGCGGAAUGGACACCUCUGCGUCGAGGACACCGACCUCGAGCGGUCCACCAAGAAUUCCGAGGAGGCCAUCCUCGGCGACCUCUCCUCGCUCGGCCUUGACUGGGACGAAGGACCAAGAAUCAGAGAGGAAGGUCUGCAGAGAAAAGAGGAUGUCACAUGGAAAAUGAUAUUGUACUUAUUAUGCUGAAUUCUGAAUUGUUGAAGAUCGUACUGUAUUUUAGCUAUUAAUCAGAUUCUUUUUUAGAAUCAUGAGGCUCUUUCUGUAUGACCAUUACUAUCAAUUUUUUAAGGAACGUGAAGAUUAUCACUAAUUAU